UUCGUAAUUUCCCAAAAUCUCUCCAUUUCAUUAUUAAAAAAAAAAUCUGAAAUUUCUUAUGUACUUUUCUUCUCCAAUCAACAAAAAAGUAGUAUUGGGACAGAGUUUCUGGAUCAGCACGUAAACUCUUUCUCUCUCUAGACUCAGAUCUCAGAGCUCUUUUCUCUCUCUAAUUCCCUCUCUCGACCUCCAAUCCGAUUCCAAUUUCAUUGAGUCAUGUGGAAAUUCAAACCAUUUAUGCAAAAGGAAUCAGCUGGACUCGAAGGCCGCUCUGUCGAUGUGGGAAAUCUUAAACUACAUGUCAAGAAUGUGAUUGCUGAGGGCGGGUUCUCUUGUGUUUACUUAGCUCGCGAUGCUGUGCAUUUGUCAAAGCAAUAUGCUUUAAAGCACAUUAUAUGCAAUGACGAUGAAUCAUUAGAGUUGGUAGUGAAAGAGAUCUCAGUUAUGAAGGCUCUGCGAGGACAUCCCAAUGUUGUCACACUUCAUGCACAUACCAUCUUGGAUAUGGGGCGGACGAAAGAAGCACUCGUCGUGAUGGAAUUUUGUGAGAGAUCUCUGGUCAGUGUGCUGGAAAGCAGAGGAUCAGUGUACUUUGAUGAGAAACAGGUCCUUUCAAUCUUCAGAGAUGUGUGUAAUGCAGUUUUUGCUAUGCAUUGCCAGUCUCCCCCUAUUGCUCACAGGGACUUGAAAGCUGAGAAUAUUCUCUUGGGCUCGGAUGGAUCAUGGAAGUUGUGUGAUUUUGGAAGCACCUCUACCAACCACAAGCGGUUUGAAAAGCCUGAAGAAAUGGGCAUUGAAGAAGACAAUAUCAGAAAGCACACUACACCUGCCUAUAGAGCCCCAGAGAUGUGGGAUCUAUUCCGAAGAGAAAUUAUCAGCGAGAGGGUAGACAUUUGGGCCCUUGGCUGCCUUCUUUUUCGCAUUUGCUAUUUCAAAAGUGCAUUUGAUGGAGAAUCAAAGCUGCAAAUACUGAAUGGGAACUAUCGCAUUCCGGAGUUGCCAAUAUACAGCUCGUCAAUUACAGACCUUAUCAGAGACAUGCUUCAAGCUUCACCAGAUGACAGACCAGAUAUCACGCAGGUAUGGUUUCGUGUCAAUGAGCAGUUACCUGUGGGUUUACAAAAGUCCUUACCCAGUGGGCCACCUGAAAUGCAUUCUAGUGAAAUACAUGAAGCAGGUAUUUCAAGGCUUCCAAACAAGUCAUCCCCGGUUCCUCGUAGGAGCCCACCACCCCCGCCUUCAUCUGGAGAACCUACUAGAGAUCCAUCACAACAUUCAGCUGCAUCAAAGGCAGGGGGAGGCGGAGGGCAGCUUGGUGCUUUCUGGUUCACACAGCAUGCAAAGGAAUCAUUUGUAGCCAAAGACAAGAGCGAACCAAAAUUUGAUGAAGAACCAAUUAGCCAUGGUACUAUGAGGCAUGAUAUAGUUCGUCCAGAGAAUCAAACUGUAGGAAGAAAUUCAUACGGGCCUUCAAAGGACAUUGACGUAGGCUUCUUCCAAAAGGAUACAGAUCACUUCACUGAGAGGCCAAAGACAUCAAAUGCCGGGAGCUCGGCAGCUUUCCAAGAUGGGGCCUUCAACACAUUUGUUGCUGAAUUUGAUACCAGAAAACUCAGCUCAGAAGUUAGUAAUACUAACAAAUCAAGUAGGGAACAAGCCUUAGAGGCUGAAUUGGAGAAACUGAAAGGGCAGCUUAAGGAAGCUAACUUGGAAAAGGCUGAAAUAACUUCGAAAUUCGAAAAGCUAUCUACCAUUUGUCGAUCACAGAGACAGGAGAUACAGGAACUUAAGCAAGCAGUUGCUGCUACAACUCCAUCGCCGAACAAGGACACUUCAAGAAAUCAAACUUCACCCGGAGUUCGGCCAUCUGCAGCUCCCCUGCAGAAGGACAAUAUAGAAGGCACUGUUCGGGAACUCCAACAAGAGAAAGAUAGCCGCAACACCAUGAGCCCAAAGCCAAGGAUGUGGCAAGCUUUUCCAGAGGAACCCAAGCCGCAGCAACCUCCUCCAUCGAGCAACACCGUCAAAUCUGUCAGAACAAGAAAUGGGCCUCAGAACAAGCAGGCCACUCAAGUAAAUAGUGGUUUCGACUCUUGGGGUUUUGGAACUGAGAGUUUUACUGCCAUUCCUACCGGGAGCUCUCAAAUGUCGAGAUCACUGGCUGAAGGAAACAAUUCUCAGCACACCGGCGAGGCAAAGAUUAUGGAGAGCAAACCAGCUUCCCAACCGGCUGGAUGGGCUGGUUUCUAACUGAGGCCAUCUGGAAGUGAUAAAGUGGUAUUUUAUGGGAAAUUUGAAAAGGGAAUAACUAAAAUUAUGUGGCUGUGUAAGGCCUAGUUUGUGUUGCUGAGUGAUUGUGUUUUGUAGAUUUAUCUUCUAUGGAAAGUUUACAUCAACGACACGCUCAUCAAAACUGCGAGUGUAUACCUUUUGCUUAUCUCGUUUGUUUGAUAAAAAAAUAAUUGUUUUUCUUUU